AUGGGUGUACCUUCGUUUUACAGAUGGCUUUCUGAAAAGUACUCAAAAAUAGUAGUCAACGCAGUUGAGAAGAAGAGUACUACUGAUCAUCAAGAAUAUUAUUAUUACGAUGGGAAGCAACCAAACCCAAAUGGAAUUGAGUUCGACAAUCUGUAUUUAGACAUGAACGGAAUCAUUCAUCCUUGUUUUCACCCUGAAAACGACGUCGACGGCAAUGGACCGGUAACUAAAAAGCAAGUUUUUGAGAGUAUAGAAGAGUAUAUAGACCGGCUCAUGAGUAUUGUAAGACCGAAAAAGUUGCUGUACAUGGCUAUUGAUGGGGUUGCUCCACGAGCCAAGAUGAAUCAACAACGAACUCGUAGGUUUCGAAAUGCCAAAGACCAACAGAACCUCAAAUUGGAAGAGAAGAGACUUAGGAAACAGUUUGAAAUGGAAGGUCGAGAUUUACUCCCUGAGCAUGAAUCAGAAGUAUCCGAUUCGAAUGUGAUCACUCCUGGAACCGAGUUUAUGUACGAGUUAGCUAAGCAUCUUGAAGGCUACAUUAGUUUGCGUAUCUCAAACCAUCCUGGAUGGAAACAUUUAAAAGUGAUUCUUUCGGAUGCAAAUUCUCCUGGUGAGGGGGAACACAAAAUUAUGUCGUUCAUACGACUUCAACGUGCUUGCGAAGGCUAUGAUCCGAAUACAAGCCACGUCUUGUAUGGUCUGGAUGCUGACCUUAUUAUGCUGGCUCUGGCAACCCAUGAAAUCCAUUUCUCAAUACUAAGAGAGAACGUUCGUAUGGAUAGUAUCACAGCCAGAAGUAACACUUCUUUUUUGGCUGAAACAUCUGAAGCCAAGGUGUUUGAUCUUGAGCAAGGUCUAGAAGAAACGGCUGAACAACUUAAUAGUCUUGCAAUUUCAACUGUCAGCAAGAAAAAGUCUCCAUUGAAGAAGCCUUACCAGUUUCUUCAUGUUUGGAUACUCCGAGAAUAUCUCAACCUGGAUCUUAAACCAACAAAUCUUCCAGAAAAAUUUGUAUGUGAUUUGGAACGGUUGAUUGAUGAUUUUAUCUUCAUAUGCUUUUUUGCCGGAAAUGAUUUUUUGCCUCACAUGCCCUCCUUGGAAAUUCACGAGGGUGCUUUAGAUCUGUUACUUCAUGUAUACAAGGAAGAGUUCAAGAACCUAGGAGGAUAUCUAGUUGAUGCGCAAAGGGUCAAUGAAAAGAAAGGGGUUUACAUGAAGUUGAAACGGGUGGAAAAGUUUAUCCUUGCCAUUGGAGCUUACGAAGAUAAGAUUUUCACGAAGAGAUCAGCGGUUCGUGGUAACAAAUUGAGACGCAUUCUAUCAGAAUGCGAGAAAACGGGUGGUAAUGGAGAAGAGGACUUGUUUUCAGAAACCCAUACAUUUAAUCAGAAGUCUUUCUCUGUGUCUGCACAGACUCAAAGAAACACAAAAAUGAUGAAGGACAAAAUGAAAUCUUUCACUCUUGAGACAUCUGAUGUAUGGAGGAAUGGUCUUAUUACAGACAGGAUUAAGCUUGGGACUCCAGGAUGGAGAAAUCGGUAUUAUAAAUGCAAGUUUUUGGCGGAAACAGAAGAUGAAAUAGAAAAGACGAGGAAGAAAGUGGUCGAAGAGUACACCAGAGGGUUGUGCUGGGUUUUUCUCUAUUACUUCUCAGGUGUUCCCUCGUGGACAUGGUUUUAUCCAUAUCAUUAUGGUCCUUUUGCAUCAGAUUUAAAAGGUUUAUCGAGCACGAAAGUGAUCUUUGAUAAAGGAGUGCCAUUUAAACCAUUUGACCAACUGAUGGCGGUUCUUCCACCUACAAGCGCCCAUGCACUUCCUAGGUCAUACCAAUCACUCAUGACCGACAAAGAUUCAAGUAUUCUUGAUUUCUAUCCAUCUGACUUUGAAAGUGACACAGAUGGUAAAAGAUUUCUUUGGCAGAGCAUCUGCAAACUUCCAUUUAUUAAUGAAGAGCGCCUUCUUACUGCCACGAAGAAUGUCGAGAAGGAACUUAGUGAGGAAGAAGCAAAAAGAAACGUGAUAAAUCGCGAUAAGUUAUUUGUACAUGUUUUGGAAGAUUUUGCUUCACGGAUAAUGGGGGCAUUGGACAAGUCAGGAUCUAGCAACUCGAUCAAGAUUGAGAAUGGUGACAUGUGCGGUUUUGUCAGUCCCAAGCUUGAGUCUGCGAACGAUCUUAAUGUGUUAUGUGUCAAUUAUGAUCCACCCAGCUUCCAAGUGCAUAUCCCUCGCGUGCUUGAGGGUACAACAAUCCCCGAAAUGGUUGUUGGUGAAUCUGACAUUGAAGAGAGGCGGUUGUGGCAUGAUAUUCAUGGUUAUCAGGGCCGUAGCAACUGGCCAUCUAACCGGAUGGGGGCUAAAGAGAAGCCCAAUGUUGGUUUCAGGAAUGAAUGUCCUGAUAUAGUCAUCAAAGGUGCUGGAAAGGGAUGGAACUCCAGAGGACGGGGUAAACAUCAUGAUGUUAAUGUGGAAGGGAGUAAAAGAAGCCCUGGUGUUUGCUACGGGAACCCGAUAGGGCGGGGAAGAAGCCAAGGUGUUACAAGUCUACCAAUGGAGCAAUCAAUAGGCCAAUCUUGGGGGGAUGCUUACGGGAGAGGGAGAGGUGCACGAGGAAAUAUGAAGACCAAUCAUAUGGGAAGAACCAGCAGAGCAGAUGGUCAAUUCUGGAGGGUGAGGACAGAAUCAAGUGCUCAUAGUACUCAAGCCUGGAAUCAACGAACCCAAUCUGGGAAUGAUUCUGGUAAUGCCCGAAGCUGAGCAUAUCUGGUGUCCUUGGUGGUUUAAAAUCAAUGUGUGUAAAUAGGUAUGUAACAUGUCCAAAAACUAAACUGAUCGACAUC